UUAUGUUAUCUUUGUUCAGCCAUGAUCACGCAGCUCCAACUUACUGCCUCACACUGUAGAAUCACCCAUCUGGCCAUUGUAAGCCACCACCAGUUCCAUAUAAACUGCCAGAUGUCAACCACAGAAGAAUCAAGUAAGCACAGAAAAAAUCUCUCUCCCGCUGCUUUUCUUGAGAAAAUUACAGAAGAUCUCUCCAACCCAACAAGCUUAAUCACAAAAAUGGUUUGUGGGGUUCUUCUCUCGAGCAUCCCUGUACAUUCAAAUUCAAUCCCCAGACCUGUUUCAAGGAAAGCUCCUAAGCACCAAGCAAAUCGUUGUUCAACACGUAGAAUUCAAUGCUCAGAUUCUGGUCAAGACGCGGCUAUAUCUACAGAGAAGUUUCAACAUGAAGCUUCUGUAACUGGUGGUGCAUAUGAUUUUGAAAGAGCAACUACAUCUCUUACUCAAAAGUUGCUAUUAUCCACAAAGAAGGUGACCCUUGUAAGGCAUGGUCUUAGCACUUGGAACGAAGAAAGUAGAGUUCAGGGAAGCUCAAACCUUUCUGUCCUGACUGAAACUGGUGUGAAGCAAGCAGAGAGAUGUAGAGAGGCCUUGACAAAUAUUUACUUUGAUAAGUGCUUCUCAAGUCCAAUAUCUCGUGCCAAGUCAACUGCUGAAGUUAUGUGGCAAGGAAAGGAGCAGGAACUGGUUUUCCUUGACUCGUUGAAGGAGGCCCAUUUAUUUUUUCUUGAAGGCAUGAAAAAUGUGGAUGCUAGGCAGAGAUAUCCUGUGGAGUACACAACAUGGAGAGAAGACCCUGCAAACUUCAGCGUCAAUGGUGUCUAUCCUAUACGUAGAUUAUGGGGAACAGCUAGAGAGGCUUGGAGGGAAAUACUUUUGACGCCUGGAGAAAACUUUUUGGUUGUCACUCAUAAAUCGAUUUUAAGAGCACUGAUCUGCACGGCAUUGGGGCUGGGCCCAGAGAGGUUCCGAGCAAUGGAUGUGAACAAUGGUGGAAUUUCUGUUUUCAGUUUCAACAAAAAAGGAGAAGCAAUGUUACAGUCUUUGAAUAUGACAGCUCACAUGUACAGUGAUUACAAAUAUAUUUACUGAACUCACAGAUGCUGUAAUGAAAUGCAGACAAAAGUUGGUCAUAUUUUGGUCUCUAACACAGUUGGUCAUAUCAGGACAGACUCAUAGCCUGAUGAUCUAUGGAUCGGAAAUAUCAUUUCUUUCCACUUCGUUCUGGAUUACUUCUGCGUUAAUGCAGGCAAAAGUUACUCAUAUUUGAUUUCCUUUAGCCAUUCAUUUUUCGUAAUAGAGGGUGUAGACUCUCAUAUAAUAAACCUUUGUCCAUAGAGAGAGCCAUAUAGGGUAAAGCUUCAGACUUGUACUGUUUCCUCUUUGUAGUUCGUUUCGUCGCUCUAAUUUGAUCUCGUAACUCAUUGUUCUCAUCGAA